CCGUCCGACUCCCAGUUGCUCGUCAUCUCCUGGCGACCGCAGAGUCUCGUUUCGCGCCAAGCAGUUGCAGGAUUUUCUUACCUCUCUGACAAAAUAACCUGACACCAAAACUACGGGAAAACUGCUUCAUGAUGGACAUCAGGCGGUUCUUUGCACCGGCUGCGGGGAAGCCUGCGGUGCAGAAACCAGCCCCAAACGGAAACCUGAGAGCAGAGGAGAACAAGAAGAAGAAGAACAAGCCUCUGUCUCCAGACGAGGAGGUGGAACAGAAAAACAAAAAGCCCCCCAAGGCCAAUAGCUCCAAAACAGAGGGGAAACGCAAGGAUAGUGAGAAAAAACGAAAGAAGCACGCAGUCAUAGAGUCAGAUUCGGAUGAGGAGGAGAAAGUGAAGAAGUCAAAGAAAUCCCCAAAAGAGAAACAGAAGACCAGCAAGGCAGCGUCAUCUCCCAAAAAAGAUCCUGUGCAGUAUGUCUCUGAAACAGACUCAGACAGCGACAACUUCAAAUCCCUGAAGAAGGUCUCCAAAGCCAAGCAGAACGACAAGUCCAAACCAAAAAAGUCAGAUGCAGAGAGUGCGCGUCGAGGGGCCAAAGAGAAGCCGAAGACUCCUGUCAAGCCCCAAGCCUCCACACAGGGGAAAACUGGGGUGAAGUCUCCUCCUGUGCCGGUCACGCCUAAAUCGGCCCCACCUCCUAAGCCCAAACAAACCCCCACCUCAGUAUUUGACUACUUUGGUAGCGGGACUAUUCAGCGCUCAGACAAGAAGCUGGUAGCCAGCACCAAACGAAAGGCUCCAACUCAGGACUCAGAUGAUCUGAUCAGUGAUGAGGAAAUCGCCAGACAGCUGCAGAUGGAAGAGGACAUGGAGCUGGAAAAGCAGGUCCAUGAGGACGAGGAGUUUGCCAAAACGCUGGCCAUGCUGGACAAGGAGCCACAGGCGAAAAAGGCUCGUAAAGGCUCUGAUGAAAAACAAGCCCCUGCCACAAUUCCCAGAAAGAGCUGCACAGACUCUGCUGCUGGCAGCACAAGCACCCCGUCGAAGACCAACCGCAGCAUGUCGGAGGAUAUGAUCAGUCCGUCACCUAAGAAGAACCUUGCCCCUGUCAAAGCCAGCUCCAAACUGGCCACGAUGAAGAAAAAGGAUGAAGAGAAAGACCUAGGGCCAAAGAGCAAAACCCCCAUUUCACCCACAAAAAUGAAAAUCUCUCCCAGAAAGGAACCCCCCACUUCGUCAAGCUCAGAUAUGAAGUUCACACCCAAAACAGGAACAACACCCACUGCACUUAAAAGUUCCCCCAAGAAACCAGAGAGCACAAGCACUAGUCCUGAAGACGCUGAGAAGAAGAAAGUCAACUCUUCAGCUUACAGGAACUACCUCAACAGAGAUGGACCACGAGCUCUGGGCUCCAAGGAAAUCCCAAAGGGAGCAGAGAACUGUUUGGAGGGCUGUGUGUUUGUGUUGACUGGGGUCAUGGAGUCCAUGGAGAGGGAUGACGCCAAAGCCCUCAUCGAGCGCUAUGGAGGCAAGGUGACGGGUAACGUCAGCAAAAAGACCACUUACCUGGUGCAGGGCAGGGACAGCGGAGCCUCGAAGCUUGAGAAGGCAGAGAGUUUUGGUACCAAGAUCUUGGAUGAGGAUGGUCUGUUGGAGCUGAUCAGAACCAAACCAGGAAAGAAGUCCAAGUAUGAGCUUGCUGCAGAGGCGGAGAGCAAAGCCUCAAAGACCAGGACUCCUCCCAGCCAGACUUCAAAGGGCACCCCCAAAUCCCAGAAGAUCUCUCCCUCCAAGGGUAAUUCCACGUCUCCUCACACCCCAAGCCCGUCAAAGACCGGCCUGGCACAAGGUGGCAGGACCGGAGGUGGUGGCACUCCCCUUGGGAGAGGCUCUGGUCACGCGGCCCGGAGGGAGCUGGCCCUUUCCUCCUCUUCCGCCUGCUCACCUUCAGCCCCAGGAUCAUCAUUCCCAUCAUCAACUCAGGAGGACGCCAGUCUGCUGUGGGUGGACAAGUACCGCCCGCGCUCGCUGAAGACUGUGAUUGGCCAGCAGGGGGAUCAGAGCUGUGCCAAUAAGCUGCUACGCUGGCUGCAGAGCUGGCACAAAAACCACAGCGCCCCUGCUUCCAAGCCAGCAGCAAGGUUUGGUAAGUUUGGAGGAGGAAAAGAUGAUGGAUCAGGAUAUAAGGCUGCUCUGCUCUCUGGACCUCCAGGGGUGGGGAAAACCACCACUGCUGCCCUGGUGUGCGAGGAGUUGGGCUUCAGCUACGUGGAGAUGAACGCCAGCUGUACUCGCAGCAAAAACAGCCUGAAGGAAGUCAUCGCAGAGUCACUUAACAACACGAGCAUUGAGAACUUCUACAAAGGCACGUCUCAGACGGUGAGCAGUAAACACGUCCUGAUCAUGGACGAGGUUGAUGGCAUGGCUGGCAAUGAGGACCGUGGAGGAAUCCAGGAGAUGAUCGGCCUGAUCAGAAGUUCAAAGAUUCCCAUCAUCUGCAUGUGCAACGAUCGCAACCAUCCGAAAAUCAGGUCACUGGCCAACUACUGCUUCGAUCUGCGCUUCCAGAGGCCACGAGUGGAACAGAUCAAGGCAGCCAUGAUGUCCGUCGCUUUUAAGGAAGGAAUCAAGAUCCCACCCCCAGCUCUUAACGAAAUUAUCCUGGCUUCCAAUCAGGAUGUCCGACAGGUGAUCCACAACCUGAGCAUGUGGUCGGCUAAAGACAAGGUGAUGACGUACGACCAGUGCAAGUCCGACGCAGCCAGAGCUCGCAAGGACAUGAAAAUGGGGCCAUUUGACGUUUGCAGGAAGGUGUUUUCCUUGGGAGAGGAGACUGCCCGCAUGAGCCUCAUCGACAAGUCCGACCUCUUCUUCCACGACUAUUCACUAGCACCACUCUUCAUCCAAGAGAACUACCCGCACGUUCGUCCAGCUGCUGCCGGUGGAGAUCUGAAGUCCCACCUGGUGUUGCUCAGCAAGACGGCGGACUCCAUCUCUGAUGGAGACCUGGUGGACAGACGGAUCCGCUCUGGGCAGAACUGGUCACUGCUGCCUACCCAGGCCAUCUAUGCCAGCGUGUUGCCAGGCGAGCUCAUGAGAGGCUACAUGAGUCAGUUCCCCACAUUCCCCGGCUGGCUCGGCAAGAACUCCUCCACCAAUAAACACUCCCGUAUCGUCCAGGAGCUGGCCUCACACAUGAGCUUAAAGACGCUGGGCAGCAGACAGGCGGUGAACCUGGACUACCUGCACUACCUGCGGCAGGCGCUGCUGAGUCCACUUCAGAGGCACGGAGUGGACGGCGCCGGUCAAGCUGUGCAGCUGCUGGACGACUACCAGCUCAUCAAGGAGGAUGUGGACAGCAUCAUGGAGAUCAGCAUCUGGGGCGGACAGCCUGACCCCUACUCCAGACUGGACUCUAAGGUGAAGGCAGCUUUCACGCGGGCCUACAACAAAGAAGUUCACCUGACGCCGUACUCCCUGCAAAGUGUGAAGAAGGGCCGCCGUGGUGGAGAGUCUGAGCUGGGAGGGGAGGAGAUGGACAACGAACUUCAGGAGUCUGAGGACGAAGGGGAGGGCCUCAAAGCCGACGCUAUGAUCAAACAGAAGAAGGCCAAGGCCAGCAGGGAGUCAAAGAAGGAGAAGAAAGAAGAUUCUGGGAAGGGCAAGGGGAAAGGCAAGGGGAAAGGCAAGGCUAAGAAAUGACCAGGGGAGGAAAACAAACUGUCCUCGCCUGUGCCCCCACAGACUAAUAUUUUUCUCUGCACUUUUCUCUGCACAACGAUUCCGUAAUGAGCAUCAGAAAGCAGUGAAACUGCCGUUAAACCCUGCAGGCAACCCAUCUGUCCCUCAGCCAAACACUUGACUCUAACCACACUGGCUGAGGAAAUGUCUUUCCUGUUUUUUUGGGUUUGUUUUUUUUUUUAAACUUCCUGUCAUGUUUCCAUGAGAGCAUCUCCAUACUGAGCAAAUGAUGCAUAUUAUCUGCUUGCUCCUCGUUAUCAUGUCUGUACGCCUCUGUAGGAACGUGUGUCUCAGCGGGAGUGGGGUGCAUUCCUUCAGUCAUCUAUUUGUGGUCCUGAUGUCGAGCCUGUACAUAAUGUGACUGACGUGAAAGAUGUUACCUUUUGCUACAACUAAAGAACAAUAAUACUUUUGCUUUUGCUAUACGGUUAGCACUGAUAACCCUGUAAAUUUCAAUUUUGUAAAGAUUUCAUGAGGAUUAAUAGAGAAAUAUGUCGUU